AUUUCCUCCAGCGACUGAAUUUAGGCGCGUUGGUCUCUAAGCGCCGGGCUACGAUGGCGCGAAGUGCAGCCGUUGGGCUGUUGGCCCUUCUAGCACUCCUCGCAGCAGUGCAAGGAGCGCGUCAAUCUAACAGAAAGGAAAUUGUAGAGUCGCGCAAGAGUGAGCCAACUAAGUACAAGAACACCAAACCAUUGAUCGGCGUCCUCACGCAACCUUGCCAUGACUGCCCCGGAAAGUCUUACAUCGCGGCCGGUUACGUCAAGUGGAUCGAGAUGGGCGGCGGCCGAGCUGUGCCUGUCAGGUUUUAUGCUUCGGACAACGAACUCCAUCGACUCUUCAAGUCGUUGAACGGCCUGGUGUUCCCGGGUGGUCUUACCUGGCUGUGGCUGGACGCGCCGUACGUCAUCGCGGCACGCAAGCUGUUCAACUGGGCAGUGCAGGCUAACGACGCCGGCAAUGUGUUCCCUAUCCACGGCACCUGUCUGGGCUUCCAGCUGCUGCACAUUUUGGCCUCCAACAUUUCCCGCAAUGACCUGCUGGUUGAUACCGACUCAGUGGCGCACCCAACAACGCUAACCUGGCAGCCGUCAGCGGCGGAUAGCCGGCUGUUUGGCGGCAUAGCGCCCGAUCUCAAGGAAAAGCUCGCGGACCCCAAGUACAACAUCGCGCUCCAGAACCACAUGUACGGCAUCCCGCCGAGCUACUAUGACAAGUUCCCUCUUCUGGCCAAGUGGUACAAGGCGCUGAGCACCACCAAAGACCGCAACGGCCUGGAGUACAUCUCCACCAUGGAAGGCGUCAAGUACCCUUUCUUUGGCACUCAGUGGCAUCCCGAGAAGCCGCCGUACGAGUUCGGCAUGGAGGAGGUGCCGCACAGCCUGGACGCCAUCCGCGUGUCGCAGCACUUGUCUAAUGUGUUCAUGGAAUUCGCACGCCAGUCAUCGCACAAGCCGGUCUCCAAGGAGGAGGAGCUAGCCAUGCAGAUCUAUUCCACGGCGCCCAUCUUCUCAGCGCGCUUUGAGGUGAUGGACGAGGAGAACUACGACGGCCCCGACAUCACGUACUACUUUGACACCCCGGACAAGCCCCCGCACGGCCCCGAUGAUGAUGAGGGUGAGGACAGCGGGCCCAGGCUUGGCAACUCGGCGAGCCAGGAGCAGGAGCAGCACAACGAGAAGGAGGACGAGGAGGCCAGUAUGGCCGCACAGCAUUACCGGUUUUGGAGCACUCAACAGGGCUUCUUCUGA